GCUUGUUGGCACUCUGGUGAUUACAACAGUAACAGUGAAUGAUAAUGGUAACUACAGCUGUAUAGCAGUCAGCACUGGUGGACAAACACAGAGUGCGUUGGUGACAGUAAGAGUCCAAGUUGCUCCAGAAAUCUCUGUUUUACCCACCAUGGAUACUGCAGUAAUUGGAGAUGAUGUGGAAAAAGACUUUGGGCUGGUGACUACAAAUGGAGAUACUGUCUUUCCUACAAUAGUUUCUGCUAACAUUGUGUGGAAGUUUAGAAACCAAAUUAUUAUGGGUGGCAACAGUUAUCGCUUCAGUGGAGGCAAUGAUAGAAUAUUUAUUGCUGCAAAAGAGACUUUGGGUGGUAACUACUCUGUGGAAGUGACAAAUGCUGCUGGACGUGUAACAGCGGCAUUUCAACUAUCUGUAUUAGUUCCCGUAAUGAUAAACCAAUUCUUAGCCAACACAACGGUUAAUGAGACAGACAGUCUUACUCUCAACUGCAGUGCGCACGGGGUACCUGAGCCAAGCAUUGCUCUAUAUCGAGUGGUAGACUGGUCAGAUCAGAAGCUUACAAGCCCAAUGAUAGUCUCUGGAAAAUUACUUAAUGGAGAUCCAUACAUAACUUACAACGUACUUUCAACUCAAGGAUUACACAGCGGACAAUACAAAUGUAUUGCUACAAACGAUGUGCAGCGGUUACAAGCAGCUGUUCCAGAUAUGAGAACCAGUGAAAGCUCAGUGAUUAUCACUGUCAAUGUUGCUCCAAGAAUUGACAUUCCGUCAGGACAAUUAUCAAUUUCUGUUGUCAGUAAUAGGUCCUUGGCUCUUCAUUGUUUUGCAACAGGUACUCCUACUCCCACAUACAGCUGGACUCAUGACAGUCAAUCUGUUGAUGUAUCACGUUCUGGAUAUUUUCUUUGGCCAAAUGGAACUUUGAUUGUUGAAAAGGCUGGUUUGGAAGAUGCUGGUGAUUAUGUCUGCACAGCUAGUAACUUGCUUGAUUCUGAUAAAGCUGAUGUUCAAACAGUAAUAAUUUAUGUUGUGCCUCGGAUUAGGUUUCCUGAACGUUCAUUUACAGUCAAUUUUACUACUCCAUCUCAAAUUUCAAUUGGCUGCAGUGCUAUUGGCAUUCCACAACCAAUUGUUGAAUGGCGUUUUGCUGAUACAGGUGUCAUAGUCACCAACGGUGCAAAGUAUUCUUUGAAAGUUGAGGUUGAUCGAGACUCGAGCAAAGCAGUCUUUGAAGUGAUAAGCAACUUGAUUAUCAACAACCCAAUCACCAACGAUACACGCCCAUACAUUUGCAGUGUUAGAAGUCUUGAAUUCACAACUCCUGUAGAGACAACAAUCAACGUCAUUGUAGAAGUUGUUCCAACAUUUAUAUCAUCACCUGAGAAUGUGACUGUACUAGAAGGAACUCAAGCUACUUUCCGAUGUGCUGCUUCAGCUGCACCUGUUUCAUUUAUAGAAUGGAGGAAAAAUGGAGACAUCCUAGCAAGCAGCAGUAAAUAUAUCAUAAUUGAAUCAUUAGCUUCUACAUCUCCACUUGAUGGAAGUGCAUUGAUAACAACUUCAAGUUUGACUAUUAAUGCCAGCCAUUACACUGAUGCUGGUAUUUACUCUUGUCGUUCUAUCAAUGCAGUUGGACAGGUUAACAGCAAGGAAUCAUUUCUAAUUGUUCAAGUUUCACCGACUAUUAUUACUCAGCCACUAUCUCAGACUCAUAACAUGUCCGAUUUGGUGAUGUUUACUUGUGCAGCAACAGGAGUUCCAAUGCCAAGUAUUACAUGGCAAACAACAGGAAGAGCUAAUAUUUCUUCUUUAGCAAUAAGCAAUACUGUUUCUGGUUCAGACAGCACUCUCUACACAACAGCAAGUCAUCUUACAAUUACCAACAUUCAGAAAAUCUAUGAUGGUGAUUUUAUCUGUACUGCGUCUAAUGGUAUAGAACCAUCUGUAAUGUCCAUCAAUGCAACUUUGACGGUUCAAGUAAAACCAACUGUUGUUGCUGUGAACAAAACACUUGUUGGUGGUGAGAACUUUAGUCUCAUGCUGUCUGUCUACAUUCAUAAUGCAUUUCCAGCGGUAAAGGCUGAAAAUAUAAUUUGGACAAACUCAACUAGUGGUGAUAUUUUCAACACUGGCACUAGUCUCAGUGGUCCAGAGCCUUUCUAUCAAUCAUAUGAUAGUAUGAAGAUGGUUGCUAGCUUGUUAGUAAAGAACAUCAACUUGGAAUCAGGUGGUGGAUACAGGUGCACUGCAACUAAUGAAGCAGGAUCUGGAAGUGAAGUAGUUGUAGUAUCUAUACAAGGUCCUCCCAAGUUUGUAGAAAGACCAAGUGAUACAAAUGUUCUUGUUGGUGACACUGCUAUUUUUCAUUGUCAAACAUCUAACGAGCCAGUUGCCAACUAUGUUUGGCAAAAUGGAGACUUGACUGUUUCUGAUGGUUCUGAUUCUCGAAUCAGUUUUAGUGAGCCUGCAACUAGUAAUGGAACACUGGUCAUUGCUAAUGUGACAUAUGAUGAUCGUGGAGAGUAUAAGUGCACUGCAACAAAUAUACAUGGAGUUGUGGCUGCUGCUGCUAUACUCAAUGUGCAGGUCCCACCUGUAAUCACAUCACCUCCAAUCUCACAGACAACCAUUGAGCCAGGUACCACUGUGUUUAGCUGCAUUGCAUUCGGUCAACCUCCUCCUAAAAUUUCUUGGAAGAGAACAAUAGCUGAGAGUUCUGUCGAAAAUACACUGGCAGUUGGUGGAAGGUUUUCUAUUGACUCUAAUAGCUCACUCAUUAUUACAUCGACAAGAUAUGAAGAUAGAGGGACGUAUACAUGUAUUGCAAUGAACAAUCUAGCUGAAAUGAAGACGGACAAAUCGAGUACUCAGUUGGUUGUAAAUGUUCAUCCAAAUAUUAUGACAUCACCUCAGAACACAACAGUUGUCUCUCCAAGUGAUAUUUCUCUUAAUUGUGAAGCAAUUGGUUUUCCUAUACCAAGUUUAUUGUGGCAACAUGAUGGUCAAGAUAUUUCUUCAAAUGAUCAGAAACGAAAUGUUCAAACCAACCAGAAAAUGUCUGAAAUCAAAGUGGUAUCAAGUUUACUUAUUAGAGGAUCAGAAUUCAAAGACAGAGGAAUGUACAGAUGUCUUGUCAGCAAUUUGGUAGGGCACGAUGAAGCAAGCAGUGUUGUUGCUGUUCAAUAUAUUCCAUCAAUUAUCGUCAGUCCAAUUGUAAAGGAUGUGAGGAAGCCAAAUGCCGUGUCAUUGCAAUGUACAGCAGCAGGUUUACCACCACCAUCAAUUGAAUGGGUAAAGAACAAUGAUACAAUGCUCCCUAACACAUACAGAGUCGAUGAAGCAACAUGGGUGGACAAAGUUGGAGUGCCAACUCUUUCAAGCAAUUUAACAGUAACACCAACUGUUACCUCGGAUACUGGAAAUUUUGUAUGUGUAGCAAAGAAUAUCUUGCAAAGUGUAGCAUCAAGACCUGUUCAACUCACUGUGUUGGAGACACCAAUUGCACCUAUCAACAUUAUCGUCACUGGCAUGACGUCAACAUCUGUUUCACUGCAGUGGAGUCCUUCUUUUGAUGGCAAUAGCGCAAUAGUUCAAUAUGUUGUUCAAUAUGCUGGUGGCAUUGACAACACAACAUGGUCAGCUGCUGAGAAAACUGACAGCCAACAGCCGUCAUACGUUGUCACAAAUCUACAUCCAUAUGCAAACUACACGUUUAGAGUGGCAGCCACAAAUUCUAUAGGAACAGGUGACUUCAGUGAUUCUUCUUCUGUGGCUCUCACAAGCCAAGACAAGCCGUCUGGAACUCCUAAAAUUAUUUCUGUAUUGGCUGAAAGCUCCAAUUCAGUCAGGAUUAUCUGGUUAGCCGUGCCAUUCAAUGAACGAAAUGGCAUAAUAACACAACAUCGAGUGGAGAUUCGUGAACGAGUUAUGGCGCAAAGUUUGCUAUCUCCUUUCUAUCGCACUGCCACAGAAGAGGACACGAUCGUGGUGACUGGUUUGAAGCCCUACACAACGUAUAGCUUUCGUGUUGAAGCCUCAACCGCUGUUGGUAGAGGCAAUUUCAGUUCAUCCAAAGAGGGAAGAACUCAUGAUAAUGCUGCUCGUCCUACUUUACGUGCAGUAAAGUCUGUUGUCAUUGUGCCGAAUGGAUCUACUGCAGUUCUUCACGUGACAAUUUCACCAGUUUUUCCCAAUGUUCCUAACAAUGCUGCGAACAGAACGUGGUCUGGUCCUUCAGGAGUGAUUACUACAACAAACAAGUUUUUCUUGUCGGCAGAGCGUUAUCGUCUGGUAAUUCAAGAUGUUGGUCCAAAUGACACUGGACUUUACACAUUUACAGCUGCAAAUACAGUCGGCAGCGCAAUCGUUACAAUUAAGCUUGUUUUACAAGGUUUUCGUCCGAUCGUAAAAGCUGUUAAAUCAAUUGUUGCGGAACCAAAAGGAGAUACGGUUGUUCUUCGAGUCACAGUUUCAGUAGCAUCACCUGAUGUUCCAAACAACCCUAGCAACAGAUCAUGGUUUGGUCCUGCAGGAGUGAUUAGAGAAAGUGACAAGUUUGAAGUCUCCUCCAACCGUUAUACUCUCAUAGUUUACAAAAUUGAUCAAAGCGAUGUUGGAGUCUACACUUUUACAGCUACCAAUACUGCCGGAAGUACAACGGCUGCAAUAAGCCUUACAAUAGCUGCUCUUCCCUCUGUAACUGCGGUAAAGUCAACUGUCAUUGCACCUCAAGGAUCUACUGCCGUCCUUCAAGUAAAAGUCUUGGGAGCUUCACCUGAUGUUCCCAACAAUGCUAAUAACAGAACAUGGUUUGGUCCUUCGGGAAUGAUUACACAGAACAGCAAAUAUAGCUUUUCAUCAGAUCGUUAUAAUCUUACUGUCACCGAAGUUGACGCUCGUGAUGUUGGAACUUACACUUUUAAAGCGUCUAAUGACGUUGGAAGUGACGCAGUUACUCUUACUCUUAUACUAGAAAGUACAUCUGAAUCAAGCACUAGUUUGACUGGCAUAAUAGCGGGAAUAUGUAGUGCAUUAUUGGCACUCGUUGUUUUUGUUAUUGUUUUCGUUUUCUGCUUUAUGAGAUACAAACAUUUUGCUGUACGAAACAAUCAAGCGGAUUUUGAUAACUCCUCAGCUCCAGACACGUCUAAAUAUUUGGCUGGGCCUGGCACACCUUCGAUAAAACUGAAAAAACUGUCUACGACACAAGGCAAUGAAACUUUGACCUCCAGCAGGCUUUACGACAUGUUUUUCAACGGGGAAGGUUCGCAGACCGAGCCUGUAUAUGCUACUGUAGAAGAUCAUACAGAAGUGUCCGAAUCUGCAAAGGCUGCGUUGCGUGAUACUUUGACUGCAAACACAGCUUACUCACAACCCAACGCAGUUCAGGAACAGCAGACCGAAGAGGAGGAGACAGAUCUUACCUACGAGACUUUUCAGUCUGACUGAUAGAAGCGUUGCUUCGUGCUUGAACUUUAACGAAAACUCUUCUUAGCCUAAGCUCUUCUCCCGAAAGAGAUUCAAUGAUCCUUUCUUAUUCAUAUACAGUGUAGUUGUUGACUACAUAUCUAACAUUGCUGAUGAAAUAGAGCCAUUUGCUGCAACCAAACGUUAGUUUAGAACUAUUCCUGUGUGAAAUAGUUUUAAUGCAUACGGGUAAUUGG